UCUAUUUGCAAGAGGGAGUUUCUGUUGCAGAUAAGCUGUUCUCUCCUCUCGGAAGGUGGAGCUUCUGAGCUUUUAUAACCCUGAGCCACACAAGUUCAGGGCUCGCUCUGCUUGAGAAGAACUUCCACCUGUUCAGGACUUGCAGCAGGAAAGCAAACACUUAGAAACAUGGCUGGGAAACCUAAGCUUUACUACUUCAAUGGAAGGGGCCGAAUGGAAAGCAUAAGGUGGUUGUUGGCUGCAGCAGGAGUCGAGUUUGAAGAACAAUUAAUUGAGACAAAAGAAUAUCUAGAAAAAUUAAAGCAUGAUGGAGACCUGCUCUUUCAGCAAGUGCCCAUGGUGGAAAUGGAUGGGAUGAAGAUGGUGCAGAGUCGAGCUAUUCUCAACUACAUUGCAGCCAAACACAAUCUCUACGGGAAGGACGUGAAGCAGAGAGCAUGGAUUGAUAUGUAUUGCGAAGGUGCUAUGGAUCUGAAUGAAAUGAUAAUGAUGCUUCCCUUCAAGCCAGCUGACAGCAAGGAGAAGGAGUUUGCAAACAUUAUUGAAAAAGCCACCACCAGAUACUUCCCUGUCUUUGAAAAGGUCCUCAAAGAUCAUGGACAAAACUACCUGGUAGGAAAUCAGCUCAGCAGAGCAGAUAUUCAAUUGCUUGAAACCGUUUUAAUGGCAGAAGAGCUGAAGGCUGAUAUUCUCUCCAAAUUCCCUCUUUUAAAGGCUUUUAAAGAGAGAAUAAGCAAUAUCCCUACAGUGAAGAAAUUUCUGCAGCCUGGUAGUCAAAGAAAACCACCACCAGAUGAAAAGACCAUUGCACAGGCAAUGAAAGUUUUCCACUGAAUCGUGGCUGAGGAUCACAGUUGACGUACUAUUGUAGCCACAGGCAAUGGGCUAAAACUGAAAUGGGACCACGCUGGCACAGUGAAAAUCCACAAAGCUACAGUAGGAACCAAAAUAAAUAACAGAACAAAAGGAAGUGAUGAUAAUACUGUGUGGCACUACACUAAAAUGAAAUAAACUGUUCUACAACUUUUGUA